AUGCACCGGGGGUUCUCAGAAGUAGACGUCAGUGCCUGGUUUAUCUUACUGGAAGUUGUGGACCUCUGUUUUGGGUGGAUCAGUAAAGAGGAUGCAAUUGGGACCCCGAAUUCUUUUCUUAUUGAGAAAAGGGUGAAGGGUGCUGCUGAGAGAAGUGCUUCUACAGUAGCCAUGACUGGAGCUUUGCUUGGAGCUUCCAUGCCUAUGGCUGUUCUAAAAUUGGGCCAAAUAUAUCCAUUUCAGAGAGGCUUUUUCUGUAAAGACAACAGCAUCAACUAUCCGUACCAUGACAGUACCGUCACAUCCACUGUUCUCAUCAUAGUGGGGGUUGGCUUACCCAUUUCCUCUAUGAUUCUUGGAGAAACCCUGUGUGUUUACUUUAACUUCUUACACUCAAAUUCCUUUAUCAGGAAUAACUACAUAGCCACUAUUUACAAAGCCAUUGGAACAUUUUUAUUUGGUGCAGCUGCUAGUCAGUCCCUGACUGACAUUGCCAAGUAUUCGAUAGGCAGACUGCGGCCUCACUUCUUGGAUGUUUGUGACCCAGAUUGGUCAAAAAUCAACUGCAGUGAUGGUUACAUUGAAAACUACAUAUGUCGAGGGAAUGCAGAAAAAGUUAAGGAAGGCAGCUCUGUUACUUGCAAUAAUGGCAGAGUUAAUAUGCUGAAUUUCAAGGUAUUGAAGCUUUAUCUUCAAGCCAGGAUGAAGGGAGACUGGGCAAGACUCUUACGCCCCACACUACAAUUUGGUCUUGUUGCUGUAUCCAUUUAUGUGGGCCUUUCUCGAGUUUCUGAUUACAAACACCAUUGGAGUGAUGUGUUGACUGGACUUAUUCAAGGAGCUCUGGUUGCAAUAUUAGUUGCUGUAUAUGUAUCAGAUUUCUUCAAGGAGAGAAAUUCUCCUUUUAAAGAAAGAAAAGAGGAAGACUCUCAUACAACCCUGCAUGAAACACCAACAACGGGGAAUCACUAUCGGAACAAUCACCAGCCUUGAAGGGUGGCAGGGUGCCCAGAUGAAGCUGACCUGUUUUCUAAAGGAAAAUGAUUACAACCAGAAGGCAAGAGGAUGAAUCUUUCUUCCCAGUGUACAGGCUUUUAAGGGACUGCUGCUAUGCCUCUUGGAUGCCCACUUUAUCUGUGUGUAUAUAGUUACAUUUAACACAAUGGUUAUCUAAUAGCGCUAAGUUCAUUAAAAAAAUUUCAAGCCUUCCACUAAAA